AUGUUUGUUGGAUGCUCUGGAAAAAUAGAUGUACAGCGAUUUUUGAAGGAAGGAAGGAACAGAACAACCAGGGAGACAUAUCAACACAUCUUAUACCAGCUCAUGGAAGACACAUCAAUAGGGAAGUUUCACCAUCAACUUUUCAAUACAGAUCACCAGAGGGCGGACCACUGGAUACCUCCAACACCGGGAUGUACACGUCUGGAUGUAGAUGCUUCAAUCGUAAGCUACAACAAAGCGGCGUGUGGAGGAAUCAUCAGAGAUGAAAGAGGAAAGUGGAUCAUGGGCUUCCAAAAAAAUAUGGGCUUCUACCCUACUAUAAUAGCUGAAAUUUUAGCAAUCAAAACAGGAUUGGAAGUCUGCCAACAUCUCAGAUUGAAGCAGGUCCAAAUUUUUUCCGAUUCACUAGAAGCGAUAAGCACCCUGCUUAGAGAUAGUGGAGAGAAUCAUCCUUACGGACAGAUUAUUGAGGAAACAAGGCAAUUAUUAUAUGAGGACUGGGAGGUCGAACUGACACAUGCAAAUAGGGAAACACUGGAAUGUGCUGAUAAGCUAGCAAGACAAGCACACUCAGAGGAAGUGCAGUUGAAACUGUUACUGCAAAUAGUGGAGUACUGCCGACAUGUCAUUUAUAAAGAUGCGCAAUCAAUUGAGGACUUUGGUCCUACUUCUUAG